AUGGAAGAAUCUCAGAAAAAUCCUCCACCAAUGCCACCACUUUCCACCACAUCGCCACCGCCAAAAAAGAAGCGAAACCUCCCUGGAAUGCCAGAUCCAGAAGCUGAAGUAAUCGCUUUAUCUCCCAACACGUUACUAGCGACGAAUCGUUUCGUUUGCGAGAUCUGUAACAAAGGCUUCCAACGCGAACAGAAUCUGCAACUUCACCGGCGAGGCCAUAACAUGCCGUGGAAGCUCCGGCAGCGAGGGAGCAACGAGAAUCGCAAGAAAGUGUAUGUAUGUCCUGAACCUUCCUGUGUUCAUCAUAAUCCGUCAAGAGCGUUAGGUGACCUCACCGGCGUGAAAAAGCACUUUAGUAGAAAGCACGGCGAGAAGAAGUGGAAAUGUGAACGUUGUUCGAAGAAUUACGCUGUGAAAUGUGAUUGGAAAGCUCAUAUGAAGUGUUGUGGAAGUAGAGAGUAUAAAUGUGAUUGCGGCACUUUGUUUUCUAGGAGGGAUAGUUUCAUUACGCACAGAGCGUUCUGUGAUGUUGUGGCGGAGGAAAGUGGUAAAGGAGGUGGCAAUGUUAUUGAUGCGGCGGUUUCUUCUCCGGCGACAGCUCCGGUGACUCCGUCAACGAUAUCUGCGCUGUCUCCUACUUUAUCGUCUAUUCAGAGCUCAGAUAUUGCAGAAAACACAACAAGAUUGUCACCACCACCAUCUUCAAAUGCUACCACUUCCACUUCUACUAGCUGUUAUUCUUCAUUCAGCACUCUCAUGUCAAGUUUGACUCACUCACAUUGUCCUACAGCUUUCUCUGUCACUGAACCCACAACCCUCUCACUUUUCACACCACUCUAUCUCUCCAACAACCAUGAUUAUCCUGUUUCCCACUACAGCACUGCAUCUCCACAACCUGCAUUAUCUGCCACUGCAUUACUCCAUAAAGCUGCUCAAAUGGGUUCAUCUUCGUCUAACGCGUCCUUGCUUCGCGCUUUAGGCUUGAAAGAAAACAAUGUCAGUAGUAUUAACAGUACCACAACAGUACCAUGGAAGAAUGGACAUGAUGAUCAUGUAAAGCAAGAGAAUGAGCCUGUGACAGAUUACCUUGGGCUUGGACUUCCCUCUGGGAAUGAAAUGAUAGGCUCAACGGGCCAGCCGAUGACCCGUGAUCUUCUUGGUUUAAGCAUGGGAUUGGGUAGAGGGGAUGAUCUUUCUGCUUUGCUCACAUCUUUUGGAGGGAACUUUGAUUCAUCCACAAAGAGAUGA